GUCUCACCCCAUGCCCUUGCUUAGCCCCUGCGGUCCCAGCCUGCCCCCAUUGCCUUGGGGAGCAGAGCAAUGUCCUGGUGGCGUGCCGUGCCGUGCCCAGGGCCAAGGCUGCCUCGGCUGCACCUCCCAGAGAGGUGAUAAGAGCAACCAACAGGGACAGGCAGGCAGGGAGCCUUGCAGGGAAGCUCAGAGCUGCAGGGACAGGGGUUCAGGCCCCAGCAGAGCUGCCCCUGGUCGCGGUGCCCUGGCCAGCCGUGAGCCAUGCGCUGCUGGGUGGCUCUGGCCAUCGUCGCCCUGAUGGCGGGUCCCAACGUGGGCUCCACGGCGCAGGACGACCGCGUGGUGAAGCUGUGCGGCAGGGAGUUCAUCCGGGCCGUCGUCAUCGCCUGCGGAGGGUCCCGGUGGAAGCGGUACCCCUGGAAGGGCACGUCCUCCGCCGAACUGCUGGACUGGCUGGAUGGCGGUGUGUCCAGAGAGGCCAGUGCGCACCCCCCCACCCCAGUGGACAAAGCCAGUCCCGAGGAACCUCUGGGGGCCGUGGCACGAGUCCCUGCCAGCCUGGGCCUCGCUGGCGGGUGCUGCACCCGGGGCUGCACCCGGCGGCAGAUGAUGCGGUUCUGCUAGUCGCUGCGAUGCCAGACACCCCCGCGCUGCGCAGCAAAGCCCCGGCGGUGCCCGCGGGACUCGGGGGCCCAGGAGGAGCCAUGCAGCCGCUUGCCCCGCUCAUGGUCUGGUGCUGUGGGAACAGCAGCUGGGCUCGCCUCCCUCCUGGUCUUGCAUAAAGCCCCAGCUCCUUGAGUCACAAGAUUAAGCAAAGCCGCGGCUGGCAUGUCUAAC